UUGUCUUCAACUUGCACGCGCCUCUUCCACUCUUCUCUCAACAACAACACAUAGAUAGAUAGAUUGAUAGAUACACAGAUUCAUGGGUUCUUCAACACUGUCUCAGACUGAUCCAUUGAGGUAACACUCUCUCUCUCCUCUCUGCAACCUCUGCCUUAUCCUCAGAGAGACAAAUUUACUGUUCUGUCUGCGAAAAGUUUGGAAAUUGAAUUGAAUUGAGGUUGUUGUUUGGAGAAAAUGAAGGACUUCCCUUCCUGCUUUGGUGAAAAUGCUGUUCAGGUUGCAGAUUCUUCAUCCUCAAACGCCACAAAAACUGCACAGAAUCUGGUUAUUUGCGUUUAUCAAUGCAGGAUAAGAGGUAGGUCUUGCUUGAUAACCGUCACGUGGAGCAAGAGUUUGAUGGGGCAAGGGCUUAGUGUUGGGAUCGAUGAUUCUUCAAAUCAGUGUUUGUGUAAGGUGGAUAUCAAACCCUGGGUGUUCUCAAAGAGAAGGGGUUGUAAGAGUUUAGAGGCUUAUUCUUCUAAGAUUGAUGUGUAUUGGGACCUUUCUUCGGCUAGAUUUGGUGUUGGGCCUGAACCGUUGGAGGGGUUUUAUGUAGGAAUUGUUGUAGAUCGACAAAUGGUUCUCCUUCUUGGAGAUUUGAGGAAAGAGGCUUUCAAGAAGUCCAAUGCCAUCCCAUUACCCUCCAAUGCAGUCUUUGUUGCCAAGAAAGAACAUGUGUUCGGUAAAAAGUUGUUUGGUAACAAGGCUGUGUUUUGUGACAAUGGUCAAAUUCAUGAUCUUGUUAUUGAAUGUGACACUUCAGGUGCGAGUGAUCCGUGCCUUAUAAUUCGAAUAGACAGCAAAACCGUGAUGCAGGUGAAGCGGCUGAAGUGGAAGUUCAGGGGGAACCAUACAAUCUUGGUGGAUGGUCUUGCAGUGGAGGUUUUCUGGGAUGUCUAUAAUUGGCUUUUUGGUACCUCUCUUGGAAAUGCCGUCUUCAUGUUCAGAACGUGCAUCUCUGAAGAAAAAUUGUGGGCUGAUCAACCCCUUUCUGGUGCAAAUGUGUUGCAGUGGUCUUUCUCUCAGAGGUUUUCGGAGACCAAGUUGCAAGGUCUUGGCUUCUCCCAUGUUUUGUAUGCUUGGAAGAACGACUAGAAUUGUGGAAAACCAUUGUCAUUGAUGGAAUACUAACAGGCCUUUUAGUGAGUUGUGAUUUAUCAAAGGAUGUGAUUGAAUUACACUUCAUUAAAGAUGAGUACUUUUGCUUGUAUCGUUUCCACCCUUGAAUUCAUAGCCUCAAUAUAUCUGUGCAUUUGAACAGAUCAUGGACAAUUCUUUUUUCUUUUU